AUGGUUGGCCAUUCGGAUAAUGGUAUCACCAGUGACCACUAUGACAACACUCCUUCUGCUGAGCCUGCCACUGCAAAUCAUGCCACAACAAAAUCUCACAGCUCUGACAACAAGAACAUGUGGUCUGCCAAGAAUGAUGCUUUAAGUGCACAAAUUGCAACAAGGGGAUUGAAGAUGCUCUUGGUGAGUUCUGUUAAUAUUGGAGAGAGGAUUGAAGUUAUUAAAGUCUUGAGUUAUCUCUUUCCUUUUCAUCUCAAGCCUAUUAGUCUAAAAAUGUAG